AUGAAGUUCCAGACCCUCCUCACCGUGGCCUCGGCCAACCUCGUCCUCGCAAACGACCUCCUCGCCAAGACCGCAGAUUCCUGGAUCCGCAACAACCAAGAAACCCAGCGCGCAUACUGGUACGGCCGAGCAGUAGUCUACGAAGGCAUCGAGGCGACCGUAGAAUUGACAAAGAACAAGACCCUCCUCGCCUGGUACCGCGAGCAGAUGGACGAUGUCGUAUCACCCAAUGGCACCAUCAUCAACUACGAUCUGACAAAGUACUCGCUUGACAAUUACCGUAUUGGUAUGAACUUGCUGUACUGGUACAAGCAGACUGGUGAUGAUAAGUACAAGAUUGCUGCGGAUUUUAUUCGUGAUAGAAUCAAUCAGCAUCCUAGAACUCCUACUGGUGGCUUCUGGCAUCGCUCGCCGACGUAUCCUGACCAGAUGUGGCUUGAUGGCAUUUUCAUGUGCGAUAGCUUCUACGCUGAGUGGACUGCUGAGUUCGAUGCCAAGAACACUACUGCCUGGGAUGACAUUGUUCUACAGUGGGAUAAGAUCCAGGAAGUCACUAUCGACAAGGAAACCGGCCUUCCCGUUCACGGUUUCGACGAGAGCAAGACUGCUGUCUGGGCCGACCCCAAGACCGGUGCUUCGCCCAUCGUCUGGUCGCGCGCCGUCGGCUGGUACAUCUGGUCCCUCAUCGAAGUCCUCGACGUCUUCCCCAAGUCUCACCCCGGCUACAAGCGUCUUGUCACCUACUACAAAGACCUCUCCUCCGCCCUUCUCCGCGCCCAAGGCCACGAGUCUCAUCUCUGGGAACUUGUCAUGAACAAGCAGUACGAGGGUGUAGAGGGUAACUACAUCGAGAGUUCUGCCUCGGCCAUGUUCACCUACGGCUGGCUAGCUGGUCUCCGACGCGGUCUUCUCGAUGAAAAGACGUACACCAAGCCAGCGAAGGAAGCGUACAAGCGCCUCAUUCGGGACUUUGUCACCAAGAACAACAAUGGAACUAUUACCUGGGAGGGAACUGUUGAGGUUGGAUCAUUGAACAGUGAUGCUUCUUUUGAGUAUUACACUGAGGUUCCUGUUGUUCCUAAUGAUACUCGCGGUAUGGGACCUUUCAUGAUGGCUAUUUAUGAGUGGGAGGUUCGCAACAAAUGA